GAGACUGCCUGGAGUCCGUACGCGUACGCGUGCGUGGUUUGCGGCCAAGUUGAUACGCUAGAGUGCCUUGCCCGGUGUUGAUAUACAAACGCCACUCGGGUGCCAGCUGUUUUUUGGAACUGCAGUGUCGCCUUUCCCGCCCGAAGCGCGGGUUUUCCCGUCGAGGAGGGAAGUGACCCAGCAGGAGCGCGUCGGACUCGCUCUGAAGGGAGAAGUGUUCGCUGGCAAAAGUGUGAUCGUCGUCCUCCGAGACACGUCACGCACCUUGCUUCGUCUGCGUCUCGCCCGUAACGGAUUACGUGCGCCAUGAAGGAAGAUCCCAGCAGUGGAGAGCCCUUGCUCCCGGGCUCCUCUUCUUCCAGACCAGCUAUCGUGAUCACGCGUCCCACGAGACCGUGGCAGAAGCAGAAGAAGAUGGAGACGGGAAACCAGGACGAAGCUCCCAAGGACCCGGGGGCCCUGACGUCACACCCAAGCUACACGGACAAGGACUUUGAGGGUCACCGAGCUCACACUGUGUACGUUGGGCUGCAUGUGCCAGGCUACCGCCGGCGCGGUCACCGCAGGCACCACCGGCACCACCACAAGAAUGGCCAUGCCCGCAAGGACGAAGGCGCCUCCGGCGACGGCAACCACCGAUCAAUUACUCCCCCUGCGGAGCGAGUCCACUUUAUCCUCGGGGAGGAAGAGGAUGGCUUACACGAAGCACAUCCACUGUUCAGUGAGAUGGAGAUACUCUGCGCUGAAGGAGAUGAAAUGGAAUGGAGAGAAGCGGCUAGAUGGAUUAAGUUUGAAGAGGAUGUGGAAGAAGGAGGUGAUCGGUGGUCUAAACCGCACGUGUCGACCAUAUCACUCCACUCGCUGAUGGAGCUGCGCAGUUUUAUCCUCAAUGGCACUGUUAUGCUCGACAUGGAAGCCAGCAGCUUGGAGAAUAUUGCUGAUCUUGUCUUGGAGAACAUGGUGAACAGUGGUCAGUUGUCUGCGGGUGAGCAGUUGGAGCGCACGAAGGAAGUACUCCUGCGCCGUCACCGGCACCAGCACGAGCGACACCGAACAGACAAAGGCUCGCGGCUUCCCCUGAUCCGAUCUCUGGCCGACAUUGGCCGCAAUUCCUCCAAGAGCAUGUUCGGAGCCCACACCAACGGGGGCAAGGAUUCUAGUCCAUCACUUAAUCCCGACCCAACGUCUGUGAUGGUCUCGACAACACCAGCUGCUACAAACGCUGAAGCAACCAACCCUGGGGGCUGGCGUCCAACCAGAGUCCUCAGAGAACUCUUUUGUGGUGGCUCUGGGAACAAUGCAGAGGGCAUGACUCAGAGCCCCAGCUCCAAUUCUCUCCACAUUCACGCUCCACACCCAGCACUGGCACACAGCGGCUCCACUUUGACAGAUGCGGCCACCAAUGCCAGUUCUCCUGAUCUUCAACACAGGUUAAACCAGGCAUUCAUGAAGAAAAUCCCGCCGGGAUCACAAGCAUCCAACAUUCUUGUUGGUGAGGUGGAGUUCCUGGAGCGGCCAAUUGCCGCCUUUGUGCGUCUGGCGGCCGCAGUGCCUCUGGGCGACCUCACAGAGGUGCCUGUGCCCACCCGGUUUCUGUUCAUCUUGCUGGGGCCCCAGGGCAACAUGGUGCGCUACCACGAGAUUGGCCGUGCUAUUGCUAUUCUCAUGUCCGACGAGGUCUUCCAUGACGUUGCUUUCAAGGCCAAGAACAGAGACCACCUUCUGGCCGGAGUUGAUGAAUUCCUAGAUGCAGCCACAGUGCUGCCUCCGGGUGCCUGGGAUCCUUCCAUUCGCAUUGAGCCCCCCCAGCAUGUUCCCUCGCAGGAAGGUCGCAAGAAACAGGAGCCUUCGAAAGAGCCAGCCUUCACCCCACAGGAGGAGGAGGAAAAGGAAAGAGAAGAGAGUGGUCUCAAGAGGACAGGAAGGUUGUUUGGCGGCCUUAUAAACGACAUCAAACGCAAAGCACCAUGGUACCUGAGUGAUUUCAAGGACGCCUUUGCUCUUCAGUCCGUUGCUUCUGUGUUCUUCCUGUACUUCGCCUGCCUUACGCCCAUCAUCACGUUUGGCGGUCUCCUGGGCUCCGCAACAGAGCAGAGAAUUGCAGCCAUGGAGAGCUUGAUGUCUGGUGCAGUGUGUGGAAUCCUCUAUGGCUUAUUCAGUGGUCAGCCGCUUACUAUUUUGGGUAGCACCGGACCAGUGCUAGUGUUUGAGACAAUUCUGUACGACUUCUGCAAGGACCAUGAUCUGGACUAUCUCUCACUGCGGCUAUGGAUUGGAUUAUGGACAGCAGCCAUUUUAGUUGUCCUCGUGGCCUUUGAUGCGAGUGCACUCGUGUGCUACAUUACACGAUUCACAGAAGAAAACUUUGCAACCCUCAUUUCGCUCAUCUUUAUCUACAAAGCCAUCGAAAACGUCUUGAAGAUCGGCCACAAAUACCCAAUGAACCUUGAUAUUGAUGUGCGUGUAGACUGCUACUGUGAACCACCAAAUGGAACAGACCUGCUAAACUCAACCACCAACUGGACCAUACUGAGCAAGCACGCCUGCAAAGAGUAUGGAGGCACUCUGCACGGUCUGGGCUGUCAGUACUACGCGGACGUAUUUCUGUUCUCAGUGCUACUGUUCAUCUCUACAUUCACACUGGCUGUCUUCCUCAAGGACUUCAAGACUACCAGCUACUUUCCUACCUCUAUACGAGCUCUGGUGAGCGAUUUUGCUGUGGUCAUUUCCAUCAUGCUCAUGACUGUAACCGACAUGCUUCUUGGCUUGGACACUCCGAAACUGGAGGUGCCUCAAAAGUUCGAGCCAACCUGGGAAGGCCGUGGCUGGCUGAUUCCAAUGCUGGGUCGGAACCCCUGGUGGACAACCUUGGCUGCCGCGGCCCCUGCAAUGCUGGCCACCAUCCUCAUCUUUAUGGACCAGCAGAUCACUGCUGUCAUCAUCAACCGCAAAGAAAACAAGUUGAAGAAAGGUUGCGGCUACCAUCUCGACCUUCUGGUGUUGAGUGUCCUGAUUGCCAUCUGCUCUGUCCUUGGUCUGCCCUGGUUUGUUGCGGCCACUGUGCUAGCCAUGACUCACGUGAACUCUCUUCGAAUGGAAUCAGAAUCGUCAGCACCAGGAGAGAAGCCGCAGUUCUUGGUGUAAGAACAAAGGCUGACCCAGGUGUUUAUAUUCCUUCUGGUGGGCCUCUCAGUAUUCUUCACUCCUGUUCUCAAGCGUAUUCCUAUGGCUGUAUUAUACGGUGUCUUCCUCUACAUGGGAGUGUCAUCACUCAAAGGCUCACAGUUCUUCGACCGCAUACUGAUAAUGUUCAUGCCACAAAAGUACCAGCCCGACUACAUGUUCCUGCGGCAUGUACCCACUAUGCGAGUGCACCUGUUCACGCUCAUACAGCUCACUUGUCUCGUCUGCCUCUGGCUGAUCAAGUCGUACAAGCCAUCUUCCAUCGCAUUCCCUCUCAUGCUGGUUGUCAUGAUUGGUGUGCGGAAAUUGCUGGACUUCAUUUUCACGCAACGGGAACUGAAGGUUCUUGACGACAUUAUGCCUGAGCACACCAAGAAGAAGCAAGAGGAAGACAAGAUGAAGGAAGCAGAGCGGGAAGAAUUUGAAUUGAAGAAUGCGCUGCUCCCGGAGGCCAGUUCAGGGAAUGUGGCCAUAGCUCUGGUGAAUGGCAACCUCAUCAAGGUUCCUAUGGAGAAAUACAAAGAGGCCGAGGAGCUGCCGCAAAUCAACAUCACCGAGCAGCUCUCGCAGACAGGCCUCUGGCAGGCCAUCGAUCAGCACAACCAGCACAAAGGUGGCAACCCUUCCUCGGGAGGAGGAGGGGCCAAGGCGGCUGACGACGGGUCCAGGAAAAAAAAACGUGGAAGUAAGAAAGAUGCGCUCAACGAAGAGGAACGCAAGCGUCUCUCUACCAUGGCUGAAGAGGACGAUGAGGAGGACUGUGGCAUCACCAUCCGCAUAGAUGCCCCUACGCCCGUGCCCUCCAAGCACGCUUCGCCCCAAGAGGCCAAGAAGCCCUUUCCCAAUGGCAGCGAGACGUCCGUUUGACGCCAGAUGAGCCCCUAGGUUUAUUUCCUUUAUUUCCCGGACGUUCAUUCCCCCUGAGGCCCUCCCUCCUUUUCAGGCGUUCCCCCAAUGUGCCCCUCUCCCUCAACAGCACGACCCAGGUGCCCCCUUCUAGGUGCCGAGGGUCUGGGGUACAUUCGAGAAACGAAGGGCUUGCUGGGCAUAGAGCGGUGCACGAGGAGCAGACCACGCCGGCAGCCCUCUCUGUGGCGACCAUCGCGAGUGCAGCGCUUCUCGAGAACACUAUUUCUGAUGGCCUGCAUGCAGGGCUCCGUCCUGGUGGUGCAAGAGGGAAACCAGUCUGUAGCAUAGCAUCCCUCCAGUUGUGCUCAACAUGUGCCUUGCAGAUGCCACCAUAGAUGAAGGUCUGUGGAAAUCGUUGUCGGCUUUGACCCAGUGCUCUCCCUGUAUGUUCGAGAUGUCUGGUCCAAGCUCUCUCGCAGGUAUUUAUCUUGGUGGCAGCUGGACAGGCUCAUGAUAGGCAGAGCUCCAGAAGCUUUUCUUUUUUUUUUUCUUUUGUCACACUUGUUGUUGCCGUUGUCACGGAUAUGAUGUGAUCAUAGAGGACCUGUACAGCUGGAAAAUUUGAAGUAAACAAAGGUCACAGCCGUUGUUGUGCUUUUGGAAAUGCCGAUCGAUGGAAUCUGCUGGGCCACUUGGGACUACCUCAUGAGACAGUCUUCACUCAGAGGAAUGUGGUUAUGAUAAUGUGAAGUGGCUUCCCUUAGCUGCAUGCUCUUACUGAGAGACAGCUCAAGUGACAAGCACUGAGACACACAAUCCUGUCUAAUGUCCUGGAUGAGCAAUCGACAAGAGGAUUUAAAACAAAUAAUAGUUCUUGUUAACAUUAAUAUGGGCAAGCAACUGCAGUUCUAGCAAUUGACAGUGCAUUUUUUUUUCUUCUGUACUCAAUCUGCUUGCAGAGAGUGUAAAAGCUGGUGAAACUUUGCGAAGCAUGGUAGUCUCCCUAGCAUCUUUUCAAGUAUCCUUGCUGUUAUUUCAUGCAGGUCGUAGCAGUAGCGUGUCGUGUCGAGCUUAUAACUUGUUUCUGCCUGCACUGUGCCAGCUCAUUAGAUUUUACUGUUGCAGUACACAAGUGAGCGCUUGAAGGCUAGACUCUCUUCGAGUUGCGUAUUUAUUUGCUAGUCUGUAACAGAAUCUUCUCCCUUUAUUUUUCGUUUUGACAUAGAGUGGCUCAGUUUUUUACGCUAUCAUAGACAAGCACAUGUUGGCUCUUGUGUUGAAUAUCCCUGUGAAUGUUCUUUCUUUCAGAGCACAAGUUUAUAGACUAGACAACUGCUUCUUCUCAGUUGAAUGGCCCAUACUUUUGUAUGCUUGAUAAGGAGCAGUUAUGUUUCCAUACUCAGUUAUUGUUAUCACUAGAUUUUAAAAAAAUCUGUGCUAAUGCAUUGCAAGUGUAUAGGCUAUUAUUUCUUCAAGAACAUGCUUGAGACAAGUAAUGGCAUUUGUUUACUAGCUGCACAGAAUAUUUUUAGAUACUGAUGUGAAGUCAUUUGUUAGGCUGUGUCAACAAGACAUAGCAAGCAGACAACUCAACGUGUCCCACUUUGGAAGCUUAGCUUGUCCAUUAGGGCAACUCGGGAAAGCAGCGUGUUGAAGAUGUACUAGCUUAGGGCCAUUCUAGCCUAGGGAUGCUGCUUUCAAAUUAAAUUCAGCACGAUUAGAAGUCUUGUUUGUGUACAUACAUUCUCCUAUUCCUAGUAUGGCUUAAAUAGGCUCUCAAUCACAUUUUACGAGGUAGGAUGUGAUGCAUAUUAUUGUCCUAGUGCCAUAUUUCGUCCGGAAAGUUAUGCUAGGCUUGAAAACAGAUGUGCUCAACUGGUGAUUUCUGUGUUGGCCCCACAUUUCAUGUUGUGUUCUUCCAUGAUUGAAAAUCAUCACAUAUUUAGUAGUCAUUGUGUACUGGAAGGUACAGUGCAUUUUUUUCUUUUCUUUUUGUAAGAAGUCAUUUUACUGAAUAAGAUCUGCACCUACUAUAUUUUAUGACAUAUUGCAGUCAUGGGCCUUCAUGUUUUGUUCACUGCUUACCGGGGGCUCGUUGGUGUGAUGGGAAGCAUUUAUUAGUUUUUGCAGCAGCUGUGUGUGCUCCCUGAACUGUUUUGAAUGAAUGAAGGAUGUCUAAUAGUACGCACAGUGUUCGGAUUGAGAGUGUGUGUGAGUGAAAAUGUGCGCAUGUGCACGAGUUGUGUAUGAAUGCAUAAAUUGUUGUUUUCUAAGUGUGUCUUCUUGCAUACCUGCCUUAUAGAAAAGUACAACGAUAGAAAAGGGCAUGAAAAAAUUUAAAGCUACAUAUACUAACAAGCUGAUCAAAAGCAAACACCCGAUCAUCGAUGGGACAUGUCAGCUCUUAAAAUCAACUUGUGCCGUCAGCUUCAGACAUCUAAACAAUUCCCUUUCUUUUUGGGUUGAAACAUCGUCCUGCCUAGGCAUGCUUGACCAGGCCAUGUUACGUAAUACAAGAGUUUAAGGACUGUGAGAAUGGUUCUUGACGUUCGUAGUCUUCGUUGCCAAAGCGAGAGAAGUGUUCUGUAGCAUCGACGAUUGAUGUGCUUCACUCUGUAGGGCAUCCAUUUCCAUUGCAUAGCGAAGUGACUGAAUGAGCUUCCGUUUUACUUAAAGCGACAACCGCCCAUAUGGGAUCUGCUACAGUGGUUCUGUGACGAACAACUCUGUGCAGUGUGAAGCAGCUAGCUUCAAACACAUCAUCCAUUUUACUGCGACAGUUAUUUUUCUCUGCAUAGAGUGGUCCAUUGCUUGUACAAAACAAGCAUGCAAGCAGAUGCAAGAGAACAAAAGCAGGGGCAGCCAAAUCUUCACAACUAUGUUUUCGGGGCUUCUCCGUGACCUGGAGAGUUUCUCAGAUUCUUGUGCCAUCUCGCGAAUUGUAGUGCAGUUUUCUUAGGGUGUGCAGUAGCUGCACCUUGUCUGCUGUAGCUGUAUUGAAUCGAACAGUACUGGUGACAAAAGAGCCAAGGUCAUAGUUUAAUGUAGAUGCCCUACAUGCACAAACACAAACACCAUGAUGCGUCAUACGUGCUCCACUCCCUUGGAGGAGGGCAGAGAAUGAGAGCCUUCUGUGCGAAAAAACAGUUCAGAAACACGAAAAAAAAAGUACUGCUAUGUCUCUAUGUGUGAUAAAUAAAGUGUGUUAGAAUUACUUGCUCAUUAUAUGGGCGGGCAUUUCAGUCUCCUGUAGCUGGGGGACAGUAGUCGUGUCGUUCGAGCCUUGGGAUGUAGUCAACAGGUGACAUAGCACUCACUUGCAGAGCAGCAUGCACAAGUUAACACGUUGAUUUACAAUCAAAUCUUGGUGGGUGUAGUUGUUUUCAUUGUCAAGAAGCCAAGGCAUAUACGAGAGCAGUGGCCUGAAAGAAUGUACAUUCUCUCCUAACAGGCUGUGCUUAUGUGCCACUGGGUCGUUCCUUUGUUUGUCGCUUUUACUUUGUUUUUUUGGAGAUGGGAAUGGCUAGAUGCAUCAAAAGUGAAAACACAUUAAUGAACAUAUGAAGGAUGGGUGGGUGUAUAGGAAAAAGAAUUUGGUACUGUAGUGAUGUACACCACCCAGCAAAGAGUGUAAUUUUUUUUCCAGUGUGGCAAAAAAUAUGAGAAUAAAGAUGCUGCUUUUUUAAAACAUCA